UCAAGCACCGGAUAGUGGUGGGAAGAGAGGGCUGUGAAAACAGUAGGUAGUAGCAGAGAGUGUGGAGGGAAAACAGGAGACUCUGCAACCAUGAACCCUGUUAGCCUUGUCUUUGAAAAUGGAGUUUAGCCCUUUGAAUCUUUUCUAAGGAGCAACGGCCAUUCCACAGAAGAAGCUUUUCUAACAGAAAAUGCCACACUAGAUUUCCUUUGGUGCGUCUGGUUUACACCAUGCCAACUGGUUUACAAGAGUUCUUUUUCCUGCUCCGUAGAGGCUCUGAGGCAGCCAUGAUAUUUGUUCAGCUUACCUUUAAAUUGCCAGAUCAAGAUUCUGGAACUGGAUUUGGUUAACUAUUUGGAUUCUGUGCUGGCCAGGACAACCUCCAGCUUCUUCCCUGAAUACAGUGAGCUCUAAUAAGCUAAAGGAAGCCUGACUGAGCAAAGAGGAAUGAAAAGGGUCUGCUGCAUGGGGUACCAUUUUAGAAGUUUUAUUAACAUCACCUAAAUUUCAUUUUUAUUCAGAUGCAGAAGAGGAACUAAUGUGACAGUUUAGGGGGUGUUGAGAAGAACAAGGAGCCACCUUUCUACAUCCCUAGGGUAGCUGUGUAGCUCAGCUGGAGGCCACAGCUCUCGAUCCAGCUCCUGUGCCUCAGCGCUUUUGGAAUAGAAAAUUGCGUUUGACUACAUGUAAUGCAGUAGAAGAGCUGGAGGCUGCAGCGUUGCCUGGCAGCUGCGAUGUGGAGGCCGGUCUGGCUUGGAGGCACGUGUUUGCUGUGUUCAACAUAACUUCAACCACUGAUGGGCAGUUUCCCUGACUGCAGGUUCUGUCUUUCAUUCUUAUUGGUCCUGGCUUUUACCAUUUUGCUGAUCCACGUUUACUUGAAGGGCACAGCUGGGCUAUAGAUUUGGCAUCUAAGUGGAUAGGGCUUUAUUAAGUGUUUUUUUCUGAAGCCUAUAAAUAUCACAAAGAUCCUGUGCAUGCUCUGUAUGAGCUAGGCGCUGAACUUAUGACCUAGAUAUCUCUGAAGGAUGAACUUGUUGAUGCCUUAUGUCUGAAAGCAAGUGGGGUCCUUGGAGAAUGUGCUCUACUAAAUGGCUGUGAAUUAAGUGUGGAAGAAUGAACUGUCAGAACAGCAGAGAAGUGUCCGCUGUGUUGACCUCAUUGAAGUCUGGAGAAUGGAGAUCUCUGAGGUGGUGGAAGGGGCUUGGUGGAAAUUGCAGGUCACAGAGGAUGCAAACCUGAACUGACUCUGCUGUCUUCCCCUGCCCUCCCACCCUCACAAUGUCGUUAGGCCACAGUGUUACUGGAACCUGCAGGCCAACGGAUGAGCAGGACAAUGAUUUUAAAGAGUUGUGGGCAAAUCUUUUGGGUAGAGUGAAGAAAAAUGCUGGUGAAACUGAGGCGGCUAAGAGGGCUCAGAACAAGUCAAAGAGCACUGCAGCAAGAAGCAAACUAAGAAGGGGCAAAGCUGCUGCUAAGAGCCAAAACCAUCAUCACUUACCGGCAGCAAAGGAAACAAACUUGCCUCAAGAUUUGGGUCCAAAGGAACAAAUGUUGGAGCACAAAGAAGGUGGUGACGCUGUGGCCUGUAGUAGUGGUGGGACUGCACAAGGGGAUGGAGAGAGAAACCCUUUCCCUGCCAGCCAGCUGAGUACAGUGGCCAACGAGUGUAGCCAGAGGACUCUGACAGUAAAUACUCUGAGUAGCUGUUCCCAGACUACAUUAUCCUUCCAUCCUGCUAUGCAGCCAGGGACCUGCUCUUCACCCACCUCAAAGAUAGCGCCGCUCACAGGAUCAAAGACACGGGUCGCAGAGCUGGUAGUGGAGAGAAUGCAGCAGUUCAAGAGAGUGGCACCUGCGCAGCUAAAACACAGCAUAGAUGAUAGCUUGCCAAAGUCUGUAGCCAGUGGGGAUUUUCCUGACCAAAGCCAGGAGCAGAACCCACCAGCAAAUGAUACCCAGGAUCUUCCAUCCGUGGAGCAUGAUGGUGCUCUGGCUUUGGCUCUUCAGCAGGAAACCAAAGAGGAAGCCCUGGCAAGCCUAGAAGAUGCAGGCUUGUUUUUUUGUCAGAUCUGCCAGAAGGAUCUCUCAGCCAUGAACACAAUUCGAAGAGAGCAGCAUGUUAACAGGUGUCUGGAUGAGAUGGAAGAAGCACAGAUGUCAUCCUCCAACAAACCACUGGUCCCUGAAUGUCCCAUCUGCGGGAAGCAGUUCCAAACCCCACAGAGCCGAGUCACUCAUUUGAAACGCUGUGCUGUUGAGAUGGAAGUUCCUCCUAAGCUGCUUCUACAGGCAGUGCAGUUGCAGGUGUCUUCACUUAGUGAUGCACCUUCUCAGUGUCCCAGCAAUCAGCCAAGCAGGUUGAAGCGAAAAGGCUCCUCCAAAGAGGACUCAAAGAAAAUGCAGAAGAGGGCCAAACUGGAGACUAAGGACGAAGAUUUGCUGGUUGCUAUGGCAAUGUCACGCUCUCUGUUGAAGCAAGAAAAGCAGGAACAAGCAAAAUCAGUUACAAAUAUGAAACCAGUGGCUGCUUUGCCAAUCAAAUGGAAGCCAGGAUCAGAGAAAAAACGGCGUAAAAGAGGCCCAACAGCAACUCCACCAUUACUGCUUCAGGACCCGGAGAAGGCCCGCAAAAGGAUCGAAGAGCGAGUAGUUAUGCUGCUUGCAGAAGAGAUGAAAUUCCCUCCCACACCUCAGCUUCCCACUAGUAGGAUUUUGGAGGAUGAAUCUGGGAAAGCAACCUGGCUCUUGCCCUUGUCCAAAACCAGGGAGUGCUUUUUGUGGAAUAUCAGUGCUCUGACAGGACCCUAUGACCCUGAAUCAUUCUACACUGCUGGAUUAACCCCUUCAAUUGUACCUCGGAAGCCUGUGCAGAACCAGAAGCCAGAGAACCUUCUGCCAUCAGUGGGAUCUGAUCAGCCAAAAGUAUCCCAGCAAAUUCAGCCUGACCUCAGUUCUCACAAGUCCACUUGCACAGUUGGAGGCCAAACUUCUGAUGGAUCCAAGUCAGCCCCUGAAGGAGAUGGUCAGUUUUUAUCUCACAGCCAGAAGGAUGUUCAGACCCUGCAGGACCUCGUUGAGUUGGCCAGGGAAGGACUUACCCUUACUCAGUGGAACCUUGAUGCUGACCAUGUUCACGCAGCGGAGCAGCCAGGAAAAGAACUGACUUCCAGUGAUAUUCCGCAUAGUGGCUUUGUGCCCCCAUCCAAAGAGAAGAGCCUCCUGACAAGCAGCUGUAAAAGAUCCCCUCUCAGGUUGCUGGCUGAAGAUUUCAGUGCGAUGGUCAACAACCCCCACUUAAGUGAUGUCCAGUUCCAGGUGGACUGUGGGGAAGUCCUUUAUGCCCACAUGUUUGUGUUGUAUGCACGGUGUCCACAGGCCAUUCAGAUUGUUCACAGCCAAGGGUUCUUAGUGGAGGAGGAUGGGAAUGCACAGACACACCGUGUGCUGCUGAGUGACGUGACAGGAGAGGCGGUGUGUGCGUUCCUGCGAUACCUUUAUGCUGCUGAUGCUGACAUCCCUGCUGGCGUGAUGCCCCAGGUGGGGGCUCUGGCUGCCAGGUUUGGUGUGAGGGAACUGAUUGCAAAGUGUGAAAACAGCACUGGAGAGAGUCAGAUGUCUUCUGGAGUGGAUUCAGAAGAUGAUCUUCUCUCUGUGAUGGAUGAUAAAGAUUGUGACGACAGAGCUGAGAACUUCCAAGACCUCUUGAAGUUGAUGUGGGUGGGUGAAGAUGAGGAAGAAGUAGUUAUGAUGAAUGCUGAAUACCAGAAGGAAGAUGAAAAUGGGGUGGGUGAACAGGAGCUUGAGGAAAUCUAUGAGUUUGCUGCAACUCAGAGAAAGAUGGUUCAAGGUGAAACAGAGGUGAGCGAGGGAACAGACUGUAGAACCUGCAGUGAUACUGAGGCAGCCCAAGGUACAAACCAGCAAACUGAGGAGGAGGAGGUAAAGAGAUCUCAAUCUGCUUCAAUAAGCAACAGCUUCGAAGAUCUGAGGGAUGGCAAUGAUGUGGAAAGAUCUAAAUGUGACUUGUCUGCACAAGAAGAGAAAAUGCAGGAUAUAAAUACAUGCAAAAGUGUGAAUGAUCCACAGACAACUUUUGUGCCUCACCACAGUGAACCUCAAAAAUGGGAUGCAGCAUCCCAUGGUGCCACUGCUAAUGAAGGAGAGACUGUUAGGAGGUAUGAAGGUGUGAAGGAUUCCAAGUCAUCUCAGGUCUCACAUGAUGAGGCAGAUCACUCUGAAAAACAAUUUCCUAGCUUCCAUGGUGAUACUAAUAUAAAUGAAAGUUAUGAACACUUGUUUUCUGCAACUCAGGGAGAUUACUCUGAGUCUUCCCCAAUGAAAGAAUUUAUCAAAGAGUCGGGAAAGUCUCCUAGUGAAAAACAUGUUGAUGUUAAUGAUUCAGUUCUGUACAGCAAGUCACAAAAAGGCCUCUCUCCACAUAGGAACUCGUUUUAUGGGACUCCUCCUCCCAAACCUUAUGUGCCCCUUUUUCCUGCUGUUGGCUCUUCACCUGCAUCUCCAAAAUCAGAGAGAAAGUUUGCCAUGGAACAUGUGUCAACACCAAAGCAAAACGAAAAGGAAAAAUCAUUCCCAUCUGAUGAAAUACACUUUCAGAAAGCCAACAAGCUGGAUACUGCAUCAAGCAAUGAGAACACAAUUUCUGCAGCAGAGCUUCCCUGCAUUCAUUUAAACAAGCAUACAUAUAUCCCAGUGUCAUCACUGGUCAUCAGAACUCAGGAUGCUGCAGCUCAGGAGAACAAGGAGGGUGAUGUUAUUGUUUUAUCUUCUGAUGAUGAAAUGGAGUUACAACUAGACAAGAAGUCGCCAGAGUCAGGCUCUGCUCUGAAGAAAAUGGAAAUCCCUGGGCAACUGAAAUGUGCAAAUGGAGAACAAGGUCCUGAGGUACCAAAACCUGAACGUAACUCAUCAGUCACUGAAGCAGAGCAGAGAUCAACCCAGGUCUCAUGUGGCAUUACAGAUACAGUGCAUAUAGGUAACGAUGUAAAGAUGCCCACUGAAUUGCCUCUCGGCAGACAAAUAGAUGCUUGUACUGAGAGCAAAAGGAGGGCAAACCUGAGCCCUGAAAAAAGGCUCAGUCAUGAAAUGUCUUCAGGUACAGACAGCUCAUGGCUAGUGCCAGACACACCGGUUCUGAGCAAAAGCAGAAGCUUCUCAACACAGACUCAGGUCACAAGUAUUAAUUCUUUAAAGAGUACAGGAUCUAAAGUCAGCACAAAGAACUUAGCAACAGGUAACAGUAACUAUGAAAUGACUGGAAGUUUAAUAAAAGCUUGUGAAACAACAUUGUCAGACAAACAUUUGCCUGUGGAGAACUCAGUCAGUGAAAAGAGCCCUUUCAGCAGCCCAGCAGCAGGAACAUUUUCCAAGAACUCCCCACCAGUUUCUCCAGUGGAUCCAGUUCUCCUCUCCCCUGGCCACACCAAAGUAAAAAGCAAAUGUGUUGAGAUCUCAUUUUUAUCCAAACCUGUGCCUCCGUGCCAUGAGCAGUCAUUGAAAGAUAAAACAAAUAUCAGUGUGGUUGAGAUAGAGGACAGUGAAAAGGAGAUAAGUCUGCCUUCUUUGAGUAGUAGCGUCUUGCUUUGUGACGAGCCCCCAGUCCCUGUUGAUGACUGCUGGCGUGUUGAAUAUCUGUCACCCAUCAGAGGCAACAGCCAGGACUCCAACCAGGUCAGCUGUGCAAAGACCAGCACUGCCACCAGCCCCAGACCUGGCUCUUGGCAUGACCAGUGGGAGAGCCCAGUCCACACACAGGAAAUUAAGGGCAGUACCCCUCUUCGAGGAAGUCCUGUUGGCAGAACAACUUUGCUCCGUCUUGAAAAGAGUCCUAUUGAGACCUGUUCAUCAGUGGGCAGUAGACUGAGUUACCUGAACUCCAAAAUCUGGGGUGACUGGAAUGGGGAAGAAGAGGAAGAUGAAUUUCCAGAGAUACUUCCUCUGUCUCAGAGGUUGUCAGCUGCGGCAGAUGUGCGUCAGACAGAUCCUGUAAAGACUCCUGAACCUUCCUGUCAGGAGAACAAGCCUCCCGGCACUCCAGUGACACCAAUGCCAGCUUACUCCAUCAUGGAGACCCCACAGCUGAAGAAGGAGUUGCGUAGAUUUGGAGUUCGUGCUCUCCCAAAACGCCAGAUGGUGUUAAAGCUGAAGGAGAUAUUUCAGUAUACUCACCAGGACGUGGACUCUGACUUUGAGGAUGAAAUCCCAUCUUCCCAGCCUCCCCUGCAGAAGGCCCCGGCCAAACUCUCUAGGCAGUCAAAGGCAGACCAGGCUGCAGGUAGAAAGCGUGCCAGUGCCUCAAGGGCUGUGGGCAAAAAGAAGCAGGUUGCUAAGGCUUCUUCAGUGCUCCCUGUGGGGAGGGCUGAUGAUGACCUUGUUGGAUCCCAUGAUACGGGCUGUGUAGCACCCAAGGAGGGAAUUAAAAUGACACAUUGCCCAGAAGGACCCAAAGAGCAGAAAAGGUCAUCUGUAUCUCCAGAGAGAUGGACUCUGGCAGCUGAUGGUGAGGAACCAAUGCUCUCAGCGUCUCAGGAGUCUGACAUUUCUUCAGUGGAUGGUAGUGACAUCUCUUCUGAUUCACAGAGUUCUUUUGUGAAUGGAUUUGAAGCCUGUGCUUUUGCAUCCGAGGAGGAAGAAGAGGAGCUUCCGGCAUCUCAGGCAGCAUCUCGGGAAGAAGAUAAGCUGGAGGCAGUAAGGUGCUACAUCCGUUCAAACACAGCUCUGUACCACAAGAUUCUCUUUUAUGAGCCAGUUGAGCUGGCUGAGCUGCAUGCCGAGCUGAAACAGAAUGGCAUUAAAAUUUCCAAGGCAAAGCUGCUGGACUUUUUAGAUGCUCACUGUAUCACAUUUACCACAGCUGGAGCCCGGAAAGAGAAGGAACAGAAAAGAAAGGGGAACAAAAAACAGAGGAGACGAUACUGAAUGGAGCCUGCUCCUCCAUCCUGAAAAUUUUGUACAUGGAGGCCUUCCUGAUAAGCUGGAAACCCUAUUCCAGGCUGGUGCUAGCAGUGGUACUGUGGUCAGUGGGUGCGCUGCUCCUCCUUGUGGCCUGCUGUCAGACGACAUGCUGGAGAAUGGGUCUGAGCUGAGCUCCCGUUCCCAGCUCUGCUCCAAUUUCACAAACUCCUCCAGGCACUGUCGUGCCUUCAGCACAGAGGUCAUCUGGAGCCUCUUCUUCUUCCCUCAAUUUUCCUGCUGUGCCUUUUUUUUGUCUUUCCAUUUUUCUAAUAGGUUUUAGGCCCGCAAUCUUUCUUCAUGUUAGUGCUUCUAGAGGCAGGUGCUUCCCUCCAUGACACUUGUGAAGAACUUUUUGCUGGCCUUGGGCUGUGAAACAGUUCACUUUUCAAGUUCCAGUAUUCCAUAGAAUAACCGGCCUGCAAGAAACAAGUCCCCCUUCCCCUCUAUAGAGCACUGAAUGUUUAGACCCCAGUGACUUGGUCUUCAUUUCUUCAGCGUAUGAUUGCCCUGCUGAUUGUUAAGCCAGGGAUCAUCGUGGAAAUACAAUGCCUUUUUUCUGUCCCUGGUUCAAUAUGCAAUCUCUGGUAAAGCUCCUUAAUCUGUGUUUCUUAAAUGGCUGCAAAACAGUGGAGGUGUUUUCCUAGUCUCUUUGUGAUGGUUCCCAAAAGCGCCCUGUGACACCAGAUGUCACCUGAAAGCCUUUUAAUUUCAAACGUUCUGCAUUAAAGAUACCAUCCGCUCCAUUUUCUGAGCACUGUUUUACCUUAUCAAUGUAGAUUGAGUAUGUUUUUAAAAAGACAGUAUUAUAGUGAUCACUGAAUCUCUUCAAUAGUUCUUAUAACCUGAUCUAAUUCCGCUUCUUUGAUUGGUCUCAUUUCCAAACUGGACUGAUCUUAGGCUGUAAACCAUCUGGGACUCUUGGGGAAAUCUUGGACCCUAAAUUGUCAUCUUUCAUGUGUUUACUUUCACAACAUCUUCUGCCUUUUGUCUGUUCUGGCACAGUUCUGAGUCUGCAAAGAGUCUCACUCAACAAAAUGGACACAAUGCUUCAAAAAAAGAAGCCAAAUUUCUAAACAUAUUUAUGUAUUUGGAACAUAUAAAUAUUUUUCUAUUUUUUAUAUUCUCGGAUUUAUUUGAUUUAUAUUAUAUCCAAUAAACAAUUUGUAAGGUACUAAUGAUAAACAAUAAAUAAGGUCUUAGGACAGACUUGGGGGGAGGUUAAGUAGGUUAAGUGGCAACAUUGGGUUUAGUUGAAAGCAGUAGAGUCUGCGGUCUAUGCCCAUACUGGCUGAAACCCCGAGCAGAGAACUGGAGGAAGAGGAGUUGUCACAGGUGCCCAGCAUCCAGGAGAGGUGGGAGAGAUCAUGCAGCAGCGGCUGAUGAACAGUGGAUUGGCUGCUGGGAGAGAGACAAGCUGCCCUGUUCAUCCGGGCUGUGCAGCCCUGAGGUAAGGGAGACUUGGGGGGAAGGUGUUGGGGUCUGCUGCAAGGAUGGGCUGUGGGGAGGGGUACAGACUGGCUUUGGAGGGGAGGGCUGCUGGGGAAGGGGACAUGGGUGACCACUUAGGAACCUCCUCUGUCAGGUGUCUGUGGUGUGUAUAAUGGUGGGGGGACCUCCUAGCAAAGCCUUCUGCCAUGUCUGGCGAAUUUUCAGGAAUUUGGGAUAGUUUUCUUCCCUGGCAGUCAUGGCACUUUUCUUCCCCAGCAAUUAGUCACUUUUCUUCCCCCACCUUCUUGUGCAAGAGCUACCAGCUGACUUUGUUACCUGAAAAGGAUGAGGCUUGCUCUAAGUGGCAUUCCAGGAAAUGUUGUUUCACUCAGUGUACUGUGUAUUUCUCUCUCAAGUACACUUCAUACACGGAAGAAGCUUCAGUGCUACUUACCAAUCUUAAUAUGACAACAUAAAUAAGAUCCCUUCCCAGCUUUUUUCUCUGUUUUUAGGUAAGACAUAUUUAUGAUCAAAGAUUUUGCAAUCAAUUCUUUAUUACAUCUUAACCUUCAGUGAAUGCAGUGUUCAUUCAGUGUCAAUUCAAAGAUGAGUUCAGUGGAUAUAAAUUACAAUUGUUCAAAUAGCAUUGUGUCAUAAAAACCUGUUUAUCAUGCUACGAAAAAAAAUCCGAAUUUUAGGCACUGAAAGUGUCUCCAUCCUCCUGUCCUUGUCAUCCUUAAACCUUGCAACUGGGCAGUCUUUGCCUAAUGCAGAAAGAUUAUUUUAAAUAUCACAUCUGUGCUGUUGAGGUUUGGAGGUGACCGCUUUGCAGAGGCUUGCCUCGAUGCUUCCUUGUUGCUGAAGUUGACAAAAUGAAAUGUCUCUUGUAAUUCUAAAACUUUUCUCAGAUGAUGAGAAAAGGAUUUAAAAUCUUCUACAGCCUUCAAGACCACAAGGACAUGUCUGACGUACACUGCAAAUUAUCUGAAAGCAAUUAUUCAUUCACCUGCUUGAUCAAUCCAUAAGCAAAGCCUGCCUCCACAAGCUAACGCUGGUGUUGCCAUUUGCCAGUGAUACUGUGUUGCCAAGUAGUUCAAUUUGUAUAUUUUUCUUCGCUUUCUUACCUUCCUCAUUUGUCUUGGAAAAUAUAUUGUCAUCAUUUUUUAUUUCCACCUGUGUAGUAACAACUAUCAAAAAUAUUUUAAUACUUCUGUAGGUAUUAGUUGUUUUUUAAGUUAAGUAAAAGAGCAGAUACGUUACUGCA